AUGGGAGUGAAGGUUGAUGGUCGGCAGCUACACCAUUUGCGCUUUGCUGAUGACAUCGUAUUGAUAACACGUAGCAUCAGCCAAGCGGAACGAAUGCUGACCGAAUUCGACGAAACAUGUGGAUGCAUCGGUCUUCAGCUGAAUCUGGACAAGACGAUGUUCAUGCGGAACGGAUGGGUCUCGGAUGCCCCAUUCACGCUGAACGGAACGAACAUAUCCAAAUGCACCAACUACGUUUAUCUGGAUCGGGAAUUGAACAUGAAGAACAUCCUGACCUCUGAGCUGAGCAGGAGGAAACGAGCUUGGGGAGCGUAUAAGAGCAACACCGUACUUCCUGCUCUGACCUAUGAUUCGCAAAGCCGGGCAUUUGGCAAGCAGGAAGAAAACGAUGUGAGCGUCAUUGAACGUGCAGUUGAGAGAGUGAUGGUAGGAGUGUCUUGCUUCGCGAAAGUGAGGGACGAGAUUUGA